UAAAAAAAGCAUUUACGCCAACAGGAAGUCAAGGCGUAAUUCUUGAAUGAUUUUAAUUAACAAGGUUUUAUUUUGAAGAUGAAGGUUUAAACGAGGACAUAACUUUUUCGAAACUUUCAAAAAGUUAUAUUUUUAUGUAUGAAGUAUUGUUAAAUUAUUUUUUGACACGAUCUUUUUCAUAGCAAAUAAAGCUUUUUCGAAAGUUUGAAAAAGUCAUGUCUUCGCUUGAACCUUCAUAUUUAAAAUGAGAUCUUGUUUAUUAAAAUUGUUUAAGAAUUACGCCUGUACUCAUUGUUGGCGUAAACUAUUACAAAACCAGGGAUGAUGAAUAGCCUUAAGCUUCAAUUAUAUAAAAGUUGCUACAGCGUUAGCACAAUAGUAAUUAUAAAUUUAUGUUAUCACUGAUAUUAAAAUUGAAAUUGAAUAAACUCGAUAAUUGAACAUAUAAUUAUUGAUUAAUGUAUAUGCAUUAAGAAGAACAAAAAACUUGAUUUGCGAUUAUUACAGCAUUCCAUUUAAUUUUAAUAUGUUUGCCAGUGAGAGGUUAAUUUAUCAGUUAAGUUCACGUAUUAUUUCAAGACAUCUUUUGCCCGUAUUAAAUGUACUUGAUAGUGCAUGUUCUGUUUCAAUGAAAUAUUCCCCAUCAGCUUUUGUAAAAUAUUCUCAUGAUUUAGCUAUUCAACAAGUAUCUGCUUUAGACAGAUCAGAUUUACCAGUUAAUAAGUAUUGUUUGAGAUCACACACUUGUGGUGAAUUAACAAGCAAAAAUGUUGGAACUACGGUACAGCUUAAUGGUUGGAUAGAAUAUCAAAGAAUGAAUAAAUUUAUAACUUUAAGGGAUGCAUACGGUUCUACACAGCUUAUAAUAUCUGAUGAUAGAACGGAUUUAAUAGAGAUUAUAAAAGAUCUACCAUAUGAAAGUGUAAUACGUGUUGUUGGUAUUGUAAAUAUGAGACCUGAAGAACAAGUAAAUAAAACCAUGAAAACUGGUGAUAUAGAAAUACAAAUUGAUUCUAUAGAAGUUUUAAACAAAGCAUUAGCACAUCUUCCAUUUUCUAUUAGACAUUAUAAUAAGGCAAAGGAGAUAACACAAAUGAAAUAUAGAUAUCUUGCUCUAAGGUAUCCUGAAAUGCAAAAAACUUUAAGAACACGUUCUAAACUUAUAGCAAAGAUGAGAGAAUAUUUAAUCAAUGAAUGUGACUUUGUGGAUGUGGAAACUCCAACACUUUUUAGAAGUACACCCGGGGGUGCACAAGAAUUUGUAGUUCCAACAAGGCAUCCAGGAAAAUUUUAUUCCCUUGUACAAAGUCCACAACAGUUCAAACAAUUAUUGAUGGUAGGUGGAAUUGAUAGGUAUUUUCAAAUUGCUCGGUGUUAUAGAGAUGAAGGUGCAAGACACGAUAGACAACCUGAAUUCACACAGUUAGAUAUCGAAAUGUCAUUUACUGAUCAAAAGGGUAUAAUGGAGUUAAUUGAAAAUCUGUUAAAGUACAGUUGGCCAGAAACUAUAACUACACCUUUUAAACGCUUAACUUAUGAUGAUGCAAUGAGAUUGUAUGGUACAGAUCAACCAGACUUGAGAAUACUUUAUGAAAUUCAGUAUCUUAAACAAAUUAUUAAUAUGACUAUAUUGGAAGAAAAUAUUAAGUUAACAAAUAGUAAAGAUUGCGAAGUUUGUGCUUUGGUUUUUCCCAAUAAACAUGAAUACUUAACACGUUCUGUUAAGGAAGAAUUUAAUGAUAUAAAAAACAAAUAUUUUUCAGCUACCAGAUUGUUUCAAAUAAAAAUUUCUGAUAAUUCUUGGAAAUUACAAUUGGACAAAUUAUUUUCCUCAAAUAUAACAGAAAAUAUAAUACAAAUGUUGAAUUUGAAAAUUGGAGACAUUCUAUUUUUAACUAUUGGUCCUAAACUUGAUUCUCAAAAACUUUUAGGAAAAUUACGAAUUGAAUUUACAAAUAUAUUGGAAAAUAAUAAUUUAAAAAUACGUUCGUCUGGCUAUAACUUUUUAUGGCUUAUUGAUUUUCCAUUAUUUGAAGUAAAUGAAUCACAGUUAUUAAAAAGUAUGCAUCAUCCAUUUACACAACCUCAUCCAGAAGAUAUGAAAUAUCUUGUAACAAAUCCUGAAAAGGUACGAGGUUUACAUUAUGAUUUAAUUUUAAAUGGUUCAGAAAUAGGAGGAGGAUCAGUAAGAAUUCACAAUGCAAAUCUUCAAAAACAAAUAUUAAAAAUGUUAGACAUAAAUGAAGAACAACUUUCACAUAUGCUUGAAGCAUUAUCUAGUGGUGCACCACCUCAUAGUGGAAUAGCACUAGGUCUGGAUCGUCUUGUUUGUUUACUCUGUAAUACGGAAAGUAUAAGAAAUGUUAUAGCAUUUCCAAAAACAAUAGAAGGGCGAGACUUAAUGUCUGGAGCUCCUAUUCCAAUUUCUACAGAAGCAAAAGAAUUAUAUCAUAUAAAAACAGUAGAUGAACAAAGUAAUGUUUAAAAUAAAUAUUGUUAAUCCUACAUUUAAUAAAUUUAUUAUAUUUUGGCAAAACUAUACUGCAGGUGAGAUAUCUUUAUGCAUAUUAUUUACAUAAUUAGAACAUAUUUAUAUAUAAUACAAUACUCAAGGAAGCUAUUUAAAAAUUGAAUUAAUAAAAACUUCAGUUUUUACUAUAAUUACAUUUUUGAACGUAAAUAUUUAAUUAUAUAACUUAGUGAUUUUAUAUAACUUAAAAAUAUUUUUUUUAAUGACAAAAUAUUAGUGAUAUGUACAAAAAUCAUUUUUUACUUUUUUAUUAGACGUUCGUGCGUUUAAAUCAUGAUUUUACAAGAGGAGGGGGGGGGGAGAAUAAAGGGUAAAGGACAACGUAAUCCUUGUGCAUUAAGUUAAUGAAGUGACUAUCUAAUUAAACUUUCUGUCAAAUAAAGUUUUCACAUGAGAUAUUGAUAGUCAAUUUUUCUUAUAACUAUAUUUUGAAUAAUGUACUUCUUAGCAACUUUUAGUCAAAUAAUUACACUGAUAUGUAGUAUUUUUAACUGUCAAUAAAAAAAGUUUUUUAUAUA